AAAGAAGUCAAGGAAGUAUACGAGGGCGAGGUCACGGAGCUGACGCCAGUUGAGACCGAGAACCCAACUGGGGGCUAUGGAAAAACUGUCAGCCACGUCGUCAUAAGUCUUCGAACCGUAAAAGGCGUCAAGCAGUUAAAGUUGGACCCAUCUAUCUAUGAGAGCCUCCAGAAAGAGCAUGUCGAAGUCGGAGAUGUAAUUUAUAUCGAAGCUAACUCCGGAGCCGUAAAACGUCAGGGGCGUUGUGACGUCUACACGGCUGAAUAUGAUCUGGAGGCGGAUGAAUACGUUCCACUCCCAAAGGGCGAGGUUCAUAAGAAAAAGGAGGUUGUUCAGGAUGUGACUUUACAUGAUCUUGACAUCGCGAACGCGAGGCCCCAGGGUGGACACGAUAUCGUUUCGAUGAUGGGACAACUUAUGAAACCGAAGAAAACAGAAAUUACUGAUAAACUCAGGAAGGAAAUCAACAAGGUCGUCAAUAAAUACAUCGAUCAGGGAAUUGCAGAACUCGUCCCUGGAGUCCUCUUUAUUGAUGAGGUCCAUAUGCUUGAUAUCGAGUGCUUUACUUACUUACAUCGCGCACUAGAAUCUACAAUAGCUCCGAUCGUCAUUUUUGCUACAAAUCGAGGCAAAUGCUUGAUCAGGUUGGUCUCUUUUUUUGCAAACUUGACGAAUGUUUCCCUGCGUCUUCCUCUGAUACCUGUUCUCUUAACCCUAUCCCCGAAUAAUGAGCCCUUCCAUGCCCUUUUAAACAGGUUUGUUAUCCAGCUCUUGACCCCCGCUUCCCGCCUGGCCCAGUUGUCUGAAAGUGAGGAAAUCGGGCCAGAACACAUUAACGAAGUUGCAGGACUCUUCUUGAACGCGAAACAGUCAGCUAAAAUCCUAGCCGAACAUGAAGCUCAAUACAUUAAAUAG